UUUCCCAGUCAGUGCGUUUUUUUUUUCUUAUUUUUAUUUUUUAUUUUUUUAUUGUUAUUUUUCUGCUCUUCUGCUCGAUCGAGUAACAAGAACGACCGACGACCGCCGGCCGGCUUCAACGCUGCUACAAGUCGACUGCUCGCCACACAGCCUGACCUGGCCCUCCGCUGACGACGCUGACAGGGUGAGCCGGGUUGCUGAGUGGCUGCAUGAAAGGGGGAAGAAAAACAGAAACAGAGAUCGGCCCGAUUAUCAUCAGAAGUAGGUGGAUGGGGUCCCUAGUCGAGCGUGCAGAAACUUUGCCGGUGGAUACGCCAGCGACAGCCCUGGGAGGAUUGAAACCCAGCCAAAUUCUCGUGGAGGUUCCUUGCUCGGUUCUCAUCCGUGGCGAACCUCCUUGGGUUUAAAUAGCUGUGCCAUCGCCCCUCCUUGCCCUGCCGCCAAUAGCUCCGAUUCGAAGGAACACAAGAAGCGGAGGGAAGAGAGCAACUGCCGGCAUCUGCUCUCAACCAGCCUUCCUUUCACACAUCUGUUCCCGAGCUCGAUACCCUCUGCCCACCGCGGGUGCGGGACUAUAGCUUGAGGCUAUGGUAAGAUCAAGAGCUACUCUUGGAUACAUAACGUUUUGGCAGUCUCUGGUGGACGUCUCUAUUUAAUCGGAAGUCAUCGGAAGCGGUUAGAGAGUUGAACGAUAUUACCUGUUAGCCGGAGAAUAUCAAAAGAAGACCGACACACACCCAACAACCAUCAACUAUAUUUUCCCACUGCAUAUCCUCCAUUUUAGCCUGGCUGGUUUCAGGCCCGUUGACUGGCUAGAAGCAUUCUCGUUUAUUUCUCCGUCAUGGCGUGGGACCACCUCGAUUUCGACAAGCCACAUUUGGCAUACAUGAUCCUUGGCGGGUUCACAAGCCUUUUCAUGCUGUGCUCCCUGUUUGUCAAGGAGAAGCUCUACAUUGGAGAAGCAACCGUUGCCACGUUGUGUGGUGUUAUUUUCGGACCGCACGCCGCAAACCUUUUCAACCCGAUAUCGUGGGGGAACGUCGACAAGCUUACCCUCGAGUGCUCCCGGAUCGUCCUGGUCGUGCAAUGUUUCGCCGUCGGUGUCGAACUGCCUAAGUCCUACAUGGAGAGGCAUUGGAGAUCCGUCAUCAUGUUGCUAUUGCCCAUCAUGACUAUCGGAUGGCUGGUGACCAGUCUUUUCAUCUGGUGGAUGGUUGAGCCGUUGUCCUGGCUGGAGAGCUUAAUUUGCGCCGCAUGCGUUACAGCCACCGACCCCGUACUGGCGUCCUCCGUCGUCGGUAAGGGCAAGUUUGCGAAACGAGUGCCCAAGCAUCUCCGAGAUGUCCUCUCCGCGGAGUCCGGAUGCAACGACGGCAUGGCUUUUCCUUUCAUCUAUCUCUCCUUAUAUCUGAUGGCCUACCAUCAGAACAGUGCCAAGGUCGCCGAGCACUGGAUAGUGGUAACUAUCCUGUAUGAGUGUAUCUUUGGCGCCAUAUUCGGCUUCCUUAUCGGCUACGCUGGUCGUCACGCCAUCAAAUUUGCAGAAUCCAAAAAGCUGAUUGACCGAGAGAGUUUCCUUGUUUUCUACUUUGUUCUCGCUCUUUUCUGUGCUGGUGCUGGUAGUUCACUCGGUAUGGACGAUCUCUUGAUCGGGUUUUCUGCUGGCAUUGGAUUCAGUAACGACGGCUGGUUCACCGAAAAAACCGAAGAAUCUCAUGUCUCUAACGUCAUUGAUCUGUUGCUUAACUUGGCUUAUUUCGUCUACUUCGGCGCUAUCAUCCCCUGGGAACAGUACAACCUACCGGACCUAGGCUUGGUUCCGUGGCGCUUGGUCAUCCUUGCAAUCCUAGUCAUUUGCUUCCGCCGAAUCCCAGCCAUGCUUAUGAUGAAGCCCUUCAUUCCAGACGUUAAAACAUGGCGAGAAGCUUUGUUCGCAGGCCAUUUUGGCCCAAUUGGCGUCGGUGCCAUAUUUGCCUGUAUUUUGGCACGAGCUGAGCUUGAGACGCACAGUACUCAACCGCUGUCAGAGCUCCCUAAUCCAGGAACCAAGGACUAUAUCAUCAUAUAUGUGAUCUGGCCUAUCACCACAUUCUUGGUCAUCACUUCUAUCAUCGUCCAUGGCUCCUCCAUCGCGGUUUUCACCUUGGGUAAACAUAUCAACACUUUAACCUUGACAAUGUCUUAUACCCAGGCCCACGAGGAUGGGCCAUCCUGGAUGAACCGUCUCCCCAGGAUCCAGUCUACAUCAAAGACGUCCCUCUCUAUGAGAAAGGACUCCUGGGAAACGAUGGAGAAGCCAGAACUCCCCCCUGGAACACUGGGGCCCAUUGGAGUCCCAGGAAAUCUUCUAAGGCGACAGAGGGAUGAUGAUCCCUAUAGCACACCAGCUAGCCGUGCAUCGAGUUUAAGACCUAACCGCAGACGUAAACAAGGAGUUCAGGGAGCUGGCGGACCGAUCAGCCAGUCUGCUAUUACUCCCCAGCGAAGGCCUGAGGGACAAUUACAAGUCAGCAAACCUCCAACUCCUGAAGCGGAGGCCUCCGAGGAUACAAGGGGGCGUCGACAGUUUUCUGAAGGAGGGCAACCCACUUCUCCACGGGCUGAGGUUUACCAGGAGGGAGACAAUAUCAUUGUUGAAGAUGAGGAAGGAAAUGUACUUGAGCCCGACAGGGUUGUGAAAGAAAAAAGCAGCGAAGCCAGCAAACCAUCUGGUAUAGAGUCUAAGGGGGGAAUUAUGCAGAAACUCUUCCCCGCCUGGGCUGGCUUUGGCAAUAGCCAAAAAGUUGAAUCUCAUCCCCAAGUCAACCGUGCACGCCGCUCUGCUCGAGCAUAUCAAUUUGCUAACACCAUUAUUGUCGAGGAUGAAGACGGAGAAGUCAUUAAGAAAUACACUAUCCCUUCAUCCCCCAAAAAGGAAACUGGAGCUGGGACUGCUGGUACUGAGGAGGAACAACCUAAGUUGCUACGUCGUAUCACUAAGCUUGGUACUUGGACCGGUGAUGGUGCUGGCGAGUCUGCCGCAGCUGCGGCAAAGAAAGCCGAGGAGGAAGAUGCAGGCAUCCGAUUUACUGUACCUGUUUCUGGGGAUGUUGAUGAUCACUUGAGAGGCCGCAGAAUGAGCAAACAAGACUUCAUCAACCAAAUGCAACAUCUCGGGCCCAAGUCACCCAGCGAUGGCUCCUCAAAGUUCAGUUACAUCUUCCGACGUGACGGCAAUCGAGGACGAGCCAACCCUCACCGCAGCAUGCCUAUUAGUGGCCCCCAUGGUGGAGGUGUUGAGAGCAUGCCAUCACCCGAGGAGAUAUCAGAAAUGUUAGCUCAAUACGCUGGUCCUGAGGGUUCAGCUGCCGAUAAACAACGCCGCAAACUAUCAGACCCAGUAUCCCGAGGAUCAUCUCUCAGUCGUCAUGACUCCGAGGACGAUGGUACCGAACGUAUUCCGCCUGCCCAUCGCCGUGCGAUUGCCGCAGGACAACAGCCGCCUGACCUGCAUUCCCCAACUGUACCUUCCGCUCGUAGCAGCAAACAUGUUUCCAAGCUCGACGAUGAUAUAGAAACCCCCGCGGAACGGAAACGUCGUCUUGCCGCUCUCGGUGAAUACCGCAGCCCGUCAAUGCAACGUGAAUCCGACAGCGAGGACGAUGGAGAGCCUCGUGUAGUCAAGGGAAAGGUCCAAUUUGCAGACGGAACCAAACCGGCAAAGAGAAAGUCUCCCGUGCAGGCUAAUUUCUCGCCGUCCACUGGUGUUACCUCGCCGGACCUACCUUCUUCUCCUCCACCCGUUUAUGCUCCUGAGAGCAACCCUCUCUUUGAUAACGGCAACGCUCCUGACUCUGCGGGCCAAAGCAUCAACGAAGGGGCUGGCAAUGGCAAUGGAAACAACGGCCGCGAAAACACUCCUAGAAACGGUUCCAAAUCCAAGAUCUCGUGGGGAGGUGAGAUAGGUCGCUGA